AUCUUAUUGUCGAAGAUGCACCGUCUUGCAUGAUCGAGACCUACGUCGACGUACCUACACGACUAAUCCCACUACAUCCCCAACUGAUCGGAGGCCAAUGGACAUGCCCGCAGCUCACGCAUUUCGAUACAACGGCGAACUGGUCUGCUGAAGAGAUCGCGGCACUCGUACCGUCAUUUCCACGGCUGCAACAUCUGCAUAUGCGCAGCGACGCUUUCUGCUAUCACGCAUCCAUCGCCGCCAUCAUGCAGCUCCUAGGCUGCAGUCUCAGGGACCUGAAGACCCUCAAACUCAACAAAGUGGACAACCUCGACAUGGGCUUCCGAGCAGUCUGGAAGCGCAGUAUUACAGCAUGCGCUACUGAGGUACAACGACGACAAUUGUGGUUGCAGACCGAAGCCCACAGAGUCGAAGCUGAGAACAAUGUCGCGCGACUAGCAUUUACGAGUAUCGACCGACUGGAGGAAUGCUGGCUCGGCGAUAAACGUGUUGCACGUCGGUCAGCAGGCUGCAAUGGCAAGGACAACCUAAGCUGGGUCUGGGAGCGGAGAAGAGAAUAUAUUGACGUUUGUACCCAGGGCUCGGAGUGGGCGAACUAUCGGGCAGAGAAAGAAGCGGUGGUGGUUUGCAGCGAGGUUUGCACGUGAGUCUCGGUGCCUGCAGGCUGCCCACUACGCUGCAACCCUCUUUCAAUGGGUUCCGAACUUUGGAAACAGCAACACACUGGGUACCUCCUUAUCGGAAUACCUAUAUACACACUCCGUUCGCUCAAGUCUCGUAUGUGCAUCAUACAUUUUCGCCCUCUUUGAGGAUCGAGAGGUAUCCAAGUGGUCGUCGUGGUCACACAUGUGAGGAGAUUGCUUCGGAUGAGGCGCUGAGGCGCCUUUCUUCGGGUAGUAUCACGUCCUGGAGCGCCGUUGGGAGAUUGACGACACAUCCUUACACGAUGCAAACAAGCUGAUCUGUGCCAUCUUCAACCAUACAGCAGUGGACUAGGAUCGAG